GGCGCGGAGGAAGUCACGUGGCGCGCGCUCACAUGACUGGCGGCGCGAUGGACCCGCUACCCGCGGCGCCAGCAGCUGCAGCGGCUGAGCCGGAGGCGGACGAGGAGGCGGACCCGCCGGCAGCAGACUCACCAGCGCCCCAGGUCAGCCAGCCGAGGGCCCGGGACUCCAGUCGGAUGCAGAUGCCGCCGGGGAACCCCCUGCUGUUGUCGCUCACGCUGCAGGAGCUGCUGGCCAGGGACACCGUGCAGGUGGAGCUCAUCCCCGAGAAGAAGGGCCUCUUCCUCAAGCACGUGGAGUAUGAGGUUUCCAGCCAGCGCUUCAAGUCCCGCGUGUAUCGACGGUACAAUGACUUCGUGGUCUUCCACGAGAUGCUGCUGCAGAAGUUCCCGUACCGCAUGGUGCCGGCCCUGCCGCCCAAGAGGAUGCUGGGAGCCGACAGGGAGUUCAUUGAGGCGCGGAGGAGGGCGCUGAAGCGCUUCAUCAACCUGGUGGCCCGGCACCCGCCCUUCUCCGAGGACGUGGUUCUCAAGCUCUUCCUGUCCUUCAGCGGCCCUGACGUGCAGAACAAGUUAAAGGAAUCCGCUCAGUGUGUGGGAGACGAGUUCGUGAAUUGUAAGCUGGCUGCUCGGGCCAAGGACUUCCUCCCGGCCGACAUCCAGACUCAGUUCGCCAUCAGCCGGGAGCUGAUCCGCAACAUCUACAACAGCUUUCACAAGCUCCGGGAUAGGGCCGAGCGGAUGGUGUCGCGGGCCGUCGACAACGCUGCCGACCUUCUCACGUUCGGGAAGGAGCUGAGUGCUUUAGGGUCUGACACGACCCCGCUCCCCUCCUGGGCCACUCUGAACAGUAGCACGUGGGGGUCCCUCAAGCAGGCGCUCAAAGGCCUGUCCGUUGAAUUUGCACUGCUCGCUGACAAGGCUGCACAGCAGGGCAAACAGGAGGAGAACGACGUGGUGGAGAAACUGAACCUCUUCCUGGAUUUGCUCCAGUCCUAUAAAGACCUCUGUGAGCGGCACGAGAAGGGCGUGCUGCACAAGCACCAGCGGGCGCUGCACAAGUACAGCCUGAUGAAGAGGCAGAUGAUGAGCGCCGCCGCGCAGAGCCGCGAGCCCCAGUCGGUGGAGCAGCUGGAGUCCCGCAUCGUGGAGCAGGAGAACGUGAUCCAGACGAUGGAGCUGCGCAACUACUUUUCCCUGUACUGCCUGCACCAGGAGACACAGCUGGUCCACGUCUACCUGCCCCUUACCUCCCACAUCCUUGGGGCCUUCGUCAGCUCCCAGAUCCAAGGGCACAAGGAGAUGAGCAAGGUGUGGAAUGACCUGCAGCCCAAGCUACAGUGCCUCUUCGCUGGACCGCACAGCGCCCCAAGCCCACCGAGGUCCCCACAGGACGGCCUGUCUCCUCACUAGUGCCGGGAGGACGUGGGCGGCAGCUCCGGCGCCCUCACUAAAACUUCUUUCCAAAUGGUGUGUUCCCGUUUAAUUCCCUUCACGUGGUGGCUGCCCUGACCCCGAGGGCCCAGCGUCGGGCUGCAGCCCCUUGUGGAAGAGCUGAUGCCCGGGCAGGGUGGGGCCGGGUCCCGGUGGCCGUGGCUCCCCUCCCCCCGCGGGGAGCAAGGCCGAGGACACGCGCUAGGCCGCUGGGCGUCCGCGGAAGCCACGGCCACACGGGGUCUGUCCGGUUGCCCUCAACCCUGCCCGGCCCUCCCGACGCGCACCGUCGCCUGCCAGCCUGGUGGCGAGAGUGUUGAGAGUCCCUGGAAUGGUUUUCUCCCAGGACCCACAGAGGGCGAGGCAGCAGGGAUGGUUUGCACACAGCAGAUCAUGCAGGGGGGCGUGUGCUGGGGCCUUAUGUGCUA